CAAAUACCGGCUGCUGUGGCGAGAGGCCGAAACCUGGGAACGGCGGCGGAGUGACAGUGGGAGCGCCGACACAGAACGGAACACGGUCCCCUUGGGCUUAUUCAGUACCGACCAACGUGUGGAGGCCGAGCAAGAAAUCAUGACGAGCUCAGGAAAAGAGAACUCUCGGCUGAAGAGCUACAAGAACAAGUCUCUAAACACGGACGAGAUGCGGCGAAGGAGGGAAGAGGAGGGACUGCAGCUGCGCAAACAGAAACGAGAAGAGCAGCUCUUUAAGCGCAGAAAUGUCGCCUGCGCUGAGGAAGCGACAGAAGAGGAGGGAAUGUCCGAUGGCAACUUCCACGAGGCACAGAUCAACAAUAUGGAAAUGGCUUCCAGUGGGGUUAUUACGGGAGACAUGAUAGAGAUGAUUUUCUCCAACAACCCAGAGCAGCAGCUUGCAGCGACGCAGAAGUUCAGAAAACUGCUAUCAAAAGAGCCCAACCCUCCCAUUGAUGAGGUUAUAGGGACUCCGGGGGUGGUCGCUAGAUUCGUGGAAUUCCUGAAGCGGAAAGAGAACUGUACAUUACAGUUUGAAGCAGCGUGGGUGCUCACUAACAUUGCCUCCGGGAACUCCGUACAGACCCGCAUUGUCAUCCAGGCAGGAGCGGUGCCCAUCUUUAUAGAGCUGCUCAGCUCAGAGUUCGAAGACGUUCAGGAGCAGGCAGUCUGGGCUCUAGGGAACAUUGCCGGAGACAGCACCGUGUGUCGGGAUUAUGUGUUGGACUGCAAUAUUCUGCCUCCGCUUUUACAAUUACUGUCCAAGCAGAACCGUCUUACAAUGACUCGAAAUGCAGUGUGGGCACUGUCUAACCUUUGUAGAGGGAAGAAUCCACCCCCUGAAUUCGCCAAGGUUUCCCCAUGCCUCACUGUCCUGUCCUGGCUUCUCUUUGUCAACGACACUGAUGUACUUGCCGAUGCCUGCUGGGCGCUGUCCUAUCUGUCAGAUGGGCCGAACGAUAAGAUCCAGGCCGUGAUCGAUGCAGGCGUGUGUAGAAGAUUAGUGGAACUACUAAUGCACAAUGAUUACAAAGUGGUGUCUCCUGCCCUGCGGGCUGUUGGCAACAUAGUGACUGGGGAUGACAUCCAGACACAAGUGAUUCUAAACUGCUCGGCCCUACAGAGUUUGCUGCAUCUGUUGAGUAGCCCCAAGGAAUCUAUAAAGAAGGAGGCAUGUUGGACGAUAUCAAACAUCACAGCCGGGAACAGAGUUCAGAUACAGACAGUGAUUGAGGCCAACAUCUUUCCAGCUCUGAUAAACAUUCUGCAGACGGCAGAAUUCAGGACAAGAAAAGAGGCUGCGUGGGCUAUCACAAACGCAACAUCCGGGGGCUCCGCAGAACAGAUCAGGUACCUGGUUGAUUUAGGUUGCAUCAAACCUCUUUGUGACCUCCUGACUUGCAUGGAUUCCAAGAUCGUACAGGUGGCCCUGAAUGGCUUAGAAAACAUACUGAGGCUGGGCGAGCAAGAGGCAAAGCGGAACGGGACAGGCAUUAACCCUUACUGCGCUCUUAUUGAAGAAGCAUAUGGACUGGACAAGAUCGAGUUCCUACAGAGCCAUGAAAACCAGGAGAUCUACCAGAAGGCGUUCGACCUGAUCGAGCACUACUUCGGCACCGAGGACGAGGACAGCAGCAUUGCCCCCCAGGUGGACCUCAGCCAGCAGCAGUUCAUCUUCCAGCAACGAGAAGCUCCCAUGGAGGGUUUCCAGCUCUAACCCCCCCCCCCCCCCCCCCGCGCUGGGCUCCGCGUGCUGCAGUGCGAGUGCCCCCCAGAGCGCUCACUCACUGUUUGCUGUGUUCAAGCUCUCGCUCACUCCCGCCCCCCCUACACUUCUCUAUUUAUUCAGCCACCUUUUAUUUCCCCCUCUCCUUCUCUUUCUGCCUCUUUUUUUCUUGCUUCCACCUAGUUUUUAUUUUUUCUCUUUCUCCCCCCCCCCCCCCCCCCCCUCGUUGCUACGUGACAGACCCAGCCGGAUGCUGUCAGCGGAUUGGGACUGCUUGCCCUGGUCCUAGAGGUUCCACGCCGUGCCUCAUUCAGCACCACUACAGUUCUGGUGUCGGCCCUCCUGCUGUGCUUUUGACAUAUCUUCAUUUCAUAUGACUCGAGUAUUAGAAGUAUACAGGAACUCCACGGGCAGAGCCGCGUCCGCGGAGAAGGACGGAAACGAAAUGGACGAGACGUUAAUACUGACACGAGAAUAUCACUGUCCCGAGGCCACUACGACGCGCGACUGUACCGCUCGAUAUCUGCUUCAUGGGAAACUACAAGCCAAACUGGGAGAGAGCUUUGUUCCAGCCUGGGAACCGGCAUUAAUAUUUAGCUAUAAAACCGCAAAUCCCAAACACGAAAACUACAGGUGUGAUACUAAUAAGCUAACUGGCCCCGCUGCACCUCAAGCCUUCCAUGGGCCAAUCCAAUUGCUGAAUACUGACCAUCUCAUUGCCAGGAAAGGAGUGUCCAGCUAUGCCGACGCCCCUUCCGGGCUGCCUUUUUAUUUUAUUUUUUUUUUAAUGUUAUUUUUAAAUUCACGACCUUGGUGUCUCUCCGCUCUCGGACCCCAAGAGACGUCGGACCGCCACUGCUCGGCUGUACCUUCAAUCACAGAGACUUGCGACGGACAGGUCAGGACUUUUCUAGUGACUCUUUCAAUUAAAAAAAAAAAAAA